AUGUUAGGUCGUCGGUUGGUUGUGACACCGCUACGUCGGGGGUACCAUGUUGCCCGCGUGUCACCGCUGUUGAAGCAGCAGUACCUGAAGCUCACCGACUACGGGUCGUACCGGAACCAGGCGUUCACCCACCGGUUGCCCGAAUCGACGGCGGUUCAGCUGGCGCCGUUAGUGGCGCUCAAAGCGAGAUUGGCCCUUCCGGACUCCUACCUGUUGUCGACGCUUUCCCAGGCCCUCAAUAUGGACCGCAGCGGCGAGCUUGUCACCAACUACGGCCUCGCCACGUUGGGGCAAACCUUUUUGUCAUACUACGUCACUGAGUACCUCGUGCUGAAGUACCCUCGGUUGCCGAUGGCGGUGCACAACGCUGCUGUCAACGCCUACAUGGGCCCGCAGACGUUAGCCGCCAUUGGCGAGAUGUGGGGGAUUGAGACCGACGAGAGGUCGAAGCUCGAUAAGUACUUGGCCAACGAGCCCACCCCCAUCCAAUACGGUAAGCUCAGGUACCAGCUGGAGGCGAUCAAGAAGGCUCCGGUUGAACCGGGUGUGUACAAGUUGGACGCCCGCGAGCAGGCGCAAUUGCGCCACGGCGAUGACUUUGUGCCCAAGCGGGUGGAAGCUUACGCUCUGGCAGUCAAGCUGAUCAUUGGCGGCAUGUACACCCACUGUGGCGAAGAUGCGGCCAAGGCGUUCAUCAACGACCACAUCUUGUCACGUAAAGUGCCGUUGGACCAGAUGUUCCAGUUCUCGCAGCCGACGAGAGAGUUGGUGAGAGUGUGUGAAAAGGAAGGCAUGGCCGACGCCGUCGAGGUGCGGUUGAUCGCCGAGACCGGGAGAAAGAGUGCCCACCCCAUCUACAUUGCCGGGGCGUUCUGCGGCACCCACAAGUUGGGUGAGGCGCCGGGGCUGUCGCUCAGAGAGGCAAAGACGAGAGCGGUGGUGAACGCGUUGAUGGCAUACUACUUGUACCUGCCGAUCACUGAGCAUGGCGACGCCGCCCCGAAGCCGUCCGACCCCGAAUACAAGUUCCUGGGGGUGGUGGGCCAAGGCGACGUGGCCAUUUGA